CCUUAGCUACAGAUCCACUGCCUUAGUUUCCAUAGCCAACUGCCGUGCAAAAACACACAUCCACUAGGCAGAGAGAGGCGACACUAAUAAAAACACAAACAAAAGGGUGAUGGAAGUGAUUCACUGCGUGCGCGGCUGAGCACUGCACUUUGACUAUGGAAGCAGAGGCUGCUGAUGGAUAUAUAACAUGUGACAAUGAGCUUUCCCCCGAAAGGGAGCACUCCAACAUGGCUAUUGACCUCACCUCAAGUACACCCAAUGGGCAGCAUACCUCACCAAGUCACAUGGCAAGCACAAAUUCAGUAAAGCUAGAAAUGCAAAGUGAUGAGGAAUCUGACAGGAAGCCCCUGUGUCAGGAAGAUGAGAUCAGGGCUCAUGAUGAAGGAAGCAGCCUGGAAGAGCCCCUCGCUGAGAAUAAUGAGAUGACGGAUAACAGAAAGAUCCAGGAGCUAUCGAGCGAGGGAGGAAUCCGGCUUCCGAAUGGUAAACUGAAAUGUGACGUCUGUGGCAUGGUUUGCAUUGGGCCCAAUGUGCUAAUGGUACAUAAAAGGAGCCACACUGGUGAACGCCCCUUCCACUGUAACCAAUGUGGAGCUUCUUUUACGCAGAAGGGGAACCUACUGAGGCACAUCAAGUUGCACUCUGGGGAGAAACCGUUCAAAUGUCCCUUCUGCAGCUAUGCAUGCCGACGGAGGGACGCCCUCACAGGACACCUCAGGACGCACUCUGUGGGUAAGCCUCACAAGUGCAACUACUGCGGCCGGAGCUACAAGCAGCGCAGCUCGCUGGAGGAGCACAAGGAACGCUGCCACAACUAUCUGCAGAACGUCAGCAUGGAGGCUGCUGGGCAGGUCAUGAGUCACCACGUACCUCCUAUGGAAGAUUGUAAGGAACAAGAGCCUGUGAUGGACAACAAUAUUCCUCUGGUGCCUUUUGAGAGACCUGCUGUUAUAGAGAAGCUGACAAGCAACAUGGGAAAGCGUAAAAGCUCCACGCCACAGAAGUUUGUGGGUGAAAAGCUCAUGAGAUUUGGCUAUCCAGACAUUCACUUUGAUAUGAACUUAACCUAUGAGAAGGAGGCUGAGCUGAUGCAGUCUCACAUGAUGGACCAAGCCAUCAACAAUGCAAUCACCUACCUUGGAGCUGAGGCACUUCACCCCCUGAUGCAGCACACACCAAGCACAAUUGCAGAGGUGGCCCCGGUCAUCAGCUCAGCUUACGCUCAGGUCUAUCAUCCUAACAGGAUAGAAAGGCCCAUUAGCAGGGAAACAGCUGACAGUCACGAGAACAACAUGGAUGGCCCCAUCUCCCUCAUCAGACCAAAGAGUCGAACCCAGGAUAGAGAGGGCUCCCCCAGCAAUAGCUGCCUGGAUUCUACUGACUCAGAGAGCAGCCACGAAGACCGCCAGUCCUACCAAGGAAACUCUGCCUUAAAUCCCAAGAGAAAGCCAAGCCCGGCUUAUAUGAAGGAGGACGCCAAGGCUUUGGAUGCCACAAAAGCUUCUAAGGGCUCUUUAAAGGAUAUCUACAAGGUCAUCAAUGGAGAAGGGGAGCAGAUUAGGGCUUUCAAGUGUGAGCACUGUCGCGUUCUUUUCCUAGACCAUGUCAUGUACACCAUCCAUAUGGGCUGCCAUGGCUACCGGGACCCGCUAGAGUGCAACAUCUGUGGCUAUCGAAGCCAGGACCGCUAUGAGUUCUCAUCGCACAUUGUCCGAGGGGAGCACACAUUCCAUUAG